AUGUCGACUCACCAAAAUAUGCUCGCAUCUGAUUAUUUAAUAGCAGUUUUCGCAAAAAGGGGAAUUAAUGGAACUUUCCUGACUACGACGCUUCAAAAGUGUAAUCGAGUUGAUUUAUUGUCAUCACAUACAAUGGAGGUUUUCUCCUCGAAACUAGGAAAAAGAUUAUUUGAAAAUAAAAACUAA